GUGAAUUUAUAGCCUAGGAUUGGGACGGUUAUUUAUUUUUACGCCUCAACAGACUGCAUCAGUGUGGGGAUACCUAAAAAUCACUCAGUCCAAUGACAUAAUAAAUUCACAGAAAUUGAAACACGAAAUGUUCACCGCAUAGCAGACGCUCAAGGACGUCGAAACAAAACGGCGGGCGGUUCUGGGUAGACCUUGAGUUUUAUUGUACUGUUCACGUAAAUGUCGUGUAGACAUGCAAGUUUUCCUCAAGAAUGUUCACCUGAUGCACACUUCGCUGUUUUUCAUUGGAGUCCAUGAUCAGAAGACAAAGUCAUUUUUUAUAAAUUUCACUCGGUAUAACGUCACAGUGGCAAAUUUCAACAUAAUUAGAAUAUACACCUAAAUUCUAACACUCUUGGCUAGAAUGAUUGCCGGUUGGCCAGCGAAUUUUUUAACGAUGGGUUUGUUCACUAGUCAGGUUUGCAAAUAAAUGUAGGUACGUUGGCUGUUUAGUCGGAAAUUACCUGCAGCAUUUAUUUUCAUCUUAAUUCAAGUUACUCAGUACAUCUUAGUGACAUCGUUUAUAGCUGUUACUCCAGUAGCAAUCUUGAUGGUCCUAUGUAAUUUGCAAGUUCCGGAAAUGUCCCAUUUACUUACUUUUAUAUCUCGAAAUUUGAUAAGAUGGUCAACUCGUCUUAUUUUCAAGCUAAAUUAUCAUUAACAUGUUUAAUGGUACAUUGUGUCUCUACAACAACAAAGUUGAUUUUUCUGAUCAGUUUAAAGCUGAUUAACGAAGGCCGUUUGUAGUGUUUUAAGUGAUUCGAUCUUAAUCUUAUUCGUGCAGUACAUAUCGUAAUUCAUUCACUUCAUUUCGUUUGUGAUCUUUAACUGUAGUAGACUUUUAUUGGUCUAGAUUUGACAGGGGUUAGUAUUAGGUGUUCUUUUUAUCCAGUAUACGAUCACUAAAAGCAAUGGAAUAUUUCAUUGCUGUCCAUUGUAAUUAAUUAGACUAAGUUAUCACCAAUGGCACGAUUGCCACUGUUUAUCAAGGUAUUUUGCCUCUGUAUACUGAUAUUUGUUUUUUAAGUAUUACAAAGCUUUCCGUUUAUUACAAUGAGUCAUUUACUGCAAAUGAGUCUGGUUCUAAUGGGACGUCAAAUUAAAUUUAUCCACUGAAAACAUAUUCGAUGGAAAAUUAUAGAAUUGAUUUGUUUAAGCUUUGUUUUACACUACACUUCAAGUUUAUUGCCGGCGAAACUCUAAUUUAGGGAUGAGCCAAUCAGAAGCGUUUGGGCAAUUUCAAUUACUUGCCAAUCAGAAGACAGUUAGCCAAUCAGCGCUAGUCGAUACGGCGAGACUCUAAUUUAUGGACGAACCCUGAACGAAUCUUAAAUGACCUUGAGAAUUAUUAGCCAAUCAGGAGACAGUUAGUAUAAAGUAAAAAUAUAUUAUAAGAAAGUAAUGAAUUACAGUGGAUAUUCUUCUUUUACAUGAUUUAAAAACUUGUUAAGGUUUGAUAAAGGUUCAGAGUUUCUGAAUUCAUAAUGCAUACGGUAUAGAAACUCGUCGAUAGGGUUAGGGUUGUAGCCUCUCAAUAAACACCUCUGCUCUAAAAUCCGCUAUAAACCGAUCGUAUGCUAGCAUCACGUGUUGAACUUGGCUCCGUGACCUUGAAACUGCUCAAAGGCUUCUUUUUGGCUCGUCCCUAAAUUGGAAUCUCGCCACCCUAACCCUAUGGACGGGUUUCUAUACCGUAUGCAUUAUGAAUUCAGAAACUCUGAACCUUUAUCAAACCUUAACAAGUUUUUAAAUCAUGUAAAAGAAGAAUAUCCACUGUAAUUCAUUACUCUCUUAUAAUAUAUAUUUUUUACUGUCUCCUGAUUGGCUAAUAAUUCUCAGGGUCAUUUAAGAUUCGUUCAAGGUUCGUCCCUAAAUUAGAGUCUCGCCAAAUCAGCAGAGGGGAAAUAGACUACUUACUUUUCAACAACUUAGCUAAAUAACCCUUGGAAAAUAAGGAAUAUAUGUUGGUUUUAAGUAAUGAAUCAUACGUCCCCUCUUAUUGCGUGUGGCAAAGCUAUCCAGUACAUCAUAAGCAACGUAAAGGAUAAACAAAGCCCAAGUGCACCGAUUCUUACACAUGUCACUCAACAUCUCCAAACAUUAUUCGUGAUCACCGCGCUAAUACCGACCGGCUUAACCACCCACCCAUACAGUCCACUGGAGGUGUCUAUAAACUCAUAGACCGAUGCCGCAUUUCGCUUUGACUCCUUGUGGUUUUCUCAAAAACUUACUCCUACACUAUUAUUAUUAUUAUUAUUACUAUUUGAACACAUAGAUAUUCGUACAAGCAGGCACCAAAUACAUAUGCGCCAAACAAAUCUCAUUUGAUAUGUGUGAGGACUGUGAUACUGCUCGGGUGCCCAAAACGAAGCAGGACUCACAUUUCUACACUAAGUCGUUUAUGAUUGUGUAACACAUCAACUAACUCGCCAUAUUUAUCUAUCAUCGUUCGUCUAACCUCGACGUUGCUUCUUUGAUGGUACCAACGUACGUGAUCACUGUCUCAAGUACAUGUGAUCAAGUUCUAGCAACCUACAAAUAUCCUCUGUAUAUAACUUUCAGGUUCUUAGGCGGAAUUAUAACCAGCUAUUACCGUGGAGAUGUACGUAACUUCAUUCUACAUGUUUGUCCGAGACCGUUAACAGCUUUGUGAAAAAUACCUGCUUUCACUUGAUGCUUGGGGAACUAGUGGUUGAAGCUUUCGACUUUCAUUUACUGAACCACUGGUUCGAAUUUCGCUCUAGCUACUUUGCUUUGGGCAACUGAGUAGAAUCAUUAGGUCUUACACUUGGAAGGUGGCUCACAUCCAGUCAGUCAGCUACAACGUAGCUGAGUGAAUUAAUAUGUUUUUAUUUAUUCAUUCCUCAUAAUUCUCACAUAUCAAGAUAUUUCAAUGUGAUAAAUAUGGAUGUUCUGACAAAUAAACACUUUGGUAAGUCACAAGUACAUUAUUAUGAACUAUGACCAUGAAUUUAAGUUGCCUUGUACUUUCAUUUAGCUGUUUUUAGGGCACUGAGGUUGUAAUCAUUAUAUCGCUAGUCCAUCAAUCACAACGUAGAACCUGGCACGAAUGUACAUCGGUACAAGUUUCCACAAUACAUUAGCACAGAUAGAUUAAAUUAUCAAACCGGAUUCCAUAGUAUUAACAGUGUCGGUAGUGAUUCAAAAUAUUGUGUCAAAAAAAAACGAUUCAAGAGAAUAUGAAUUAGUGAAAUAAAGGAACAAUUAAAGUUAUGUGGGAUUUAAGAGCUCAGAAUUUGGGGACGGUAAUGAAUGGAUAUCCGUGCCAUUACAAACGAUUUCGAACCAUAUCAUUCCAAGUCUAACGAUUGGUUGCAAUCACCAUAUCGAAUCCAACCAGUUAGUCUACAUCUAUUAUCAUGAAUAGGUCAAAUUGUCGAUGACCUCAUAGACUUACUCCAUGUCUUGGUUACAUUGCGAGUUCUAACCCUGGUUCACCUUGAUGUUUGAAUAUUCGAUAAAUACCAUUAUUUCCCAUAAAUAAAUGGUGCUAAAAUGCAAGUACAUAAGAUUUUACACUGCUUAUGAUUUAUACAAUUUUAUUUUCUUGGAUUACCAUUCACUUUAAAGUAAAGUCUGUUUCUUAUUUACUUAAGUUUAUGCUUUUCAAAUAACUCUCGAUCUUAUUGUCGAUCUCUUUGAACUCUUUUAUCUGCAGCUUAGAUUGUCAACAUGAACUUGAAAAUCUACGUUACAACCUAACAAAAGCGAAUAGUUUUAUAGCUGAAUUAGAAACAAAACUUAAUGAUUUACAAAUGAAAUAUGAUACUGACUGUUGUAAAUAUGAAGAGAAGAUACAAAUCUUAACAGAACGGCAUGAAAGAUUAAUCUCAAGUCAUCAACGAUUAAGUAAACUUAAUCACGAAUUAGAAGAGAGAUUAUUAGAUACUAUUGAGAAGUCCAGUACUGAAAUUCAUCAAUUAACUGAAGAAUUGGAAUCAACUAAAAACUCUUUAAGAACAGCACAACAGACAUUAAAUUCUAUCGUGGAGGAAAGGGAUCGUUGUAAAGAAGAUUGUAUUUCUGCUGUCAAAUUGCUUCAGGCAAAUCCAAAUCAAUUCAUAUCCGAAUUGCCACCAGUUGUAAGUAAAACUGUGACAUUUAUUAGUCGUGGUUAUGUGAUUGGAAAUGAUAAAUUAACGUAUGGUUUUCUAUAAUUUAACUAAUUAUUAAUCAAACGACAUUUCUCCGGGUCAACAAUGAAUUCCAAGUUUUUUCUAUGUCAAACAUGCACUUUUCAUAUUUUAUUUGUGUACGUUUAAGUGAACUAUUUUCGAAACCAGUCUCUGUUAAUUUUGAUGCUGAUAAGACAAUAUUAAAAAUAAAAGCUAUCUUCCAGAAACACCUUAUCGUUGAAUCUGUGGUAAAAUAUCUAUGUUAAACUUGAACGUUAAUGGUGUUGCAUCUUAUUAAUUCUCAUGGGGUUGUGGUGUGAUUGUAACCAUCAUUGAAACUUUCAAAUGAUUAUAGAACAACCAAACAGAAUAGAAUAACAG